AUGGCCAUGGCUAAGCUUGUCUGCUUUCUUCUUCUAGCUCUCCUUGGGAUUUCCAUGUUUGCAACACAGGUCAUGGCAAAACAAGAAACCCAGUAUCACUUGGACAGUGGAAGGUAUGGUCCUGGGAGUCUAAAGAGCUACCAAUGCCCAUCACAAUGCACAAGGAGAUGUAGCCAGACACAGUACCACAAGCCAUGCAUGUUCUUCUGCCAAAAAUGCUGUGCUAAGUGUCUCUGUGUUCCUCCUGGUUACUAUGGCAACAAAGCUGUGUGCCCUUGCUACAACAACUGGAAGACCCAGCAAGGAGGACCCAAAUGCCCUUGA